GGUUGAGAGCCUGCCCAGCCCCGCCGCAGGCCCAGCGGGCGGCUCCGCGCACCCUCCCGCGGCCGCGCAGUCGGGUCGGGGACCGGGGUCUCCCGGCAGCCAAGGAGUUGGAAAAGAUGGAGGUGGCCGUGGACCUGUACCUGGCCGUCCCGCUGCUCUUCACCGUCCUGGCCAUCGUCCUCGCCUCCGUCUUCGUCAGGCUGCGGGGAGGCGAGGGGGAGCGGGCGGCGGAGCGGCCCCGGGAACCGGCGGCGGCUGAGCCGGCCCGGGAAGGCGGUUCCGUCCCCGGGGGUGAAGCGGGAGCGGGGCCGGAGGACGAGGGAGGCCGGGUGCCGGUGGAGGAGGUCGGGGCGGGCGAGGAGGGGGCGAAGGAGGCGGCUGGAGAGCGGCGGGAGGAGGCGGCAGAGCCCGGGCCGGCCGUCGGACCCAGCCCCGCCGCCGGACCCAGCCCCGCCGCCACCGACAGCAUCCCCCGGUCACCGCCCGCCGAGAGCAUCCCCCCGCCGGCCACCGAGAGCAUCCCCCGGUCACCGCCCGCCGAGAGCAUCCCCCCGCCGGCCACCGAGAGCAGCAUCCCCCCGCCCGCCGAGCCCCGGGAGCCCGAGAACCGGGAGGAGGCGGAGAACAAGAUACCACCUUUGGGUGCCUCACCUGGGGCCAGCCUCGGGCCAACGGGACAAGCGGAGGGUGGAUGUGGCCAAGCAGCUCUUUCCAGCAAGGCAGAGGAGGAAGAUCCGGACUCGGAAAACGAGAAGCUGGUGGUGAGAGAGCCGGAGGAUGAGGAUGCUGCAGAUGAGACGUUCUCUUUUAAAUACAGUCCUGGAAAGCUGAGGGGAAACCAGUACAAGUCCAUGAUGACCAAAGAAGAACUCGAGGAAGAACAAAGGGUGCAGAGAGAGCAGCUGGCUGCCAUCUUCAGGCUCAUGAAGGAAAAAAGUGACACAUUUGGAGAGAUGUCUGAAGGAGACAUGAAGGAGCAGCUUAGACUGUACGAUAUAUAACCUUGCAGCCAGUGGAGACAAUGCCCAAAAGUCAUCUUGGCCCUAAUUAUGCAGGACACUGGAGGCUGUAGCGCUAUACACGUGUUUUGGUAGUUAUUUUGCAGUUCCAGUUUGUUUUGCAAAUGCAUAUAUGUAUUUAAAAUACUUGAAAUUUCUCACCUUUUUAGGCUUUUUUUUUUUCCUUGAAGAGCUAUCAUGAUAUUUUCAUCUCGUACAGAGAUUUUUACCUCUUUCUGGCUGGGUCAUAUGUCUCAGUCAUACAAAGCAGUUACGCUCACAACUUUUUUCUGGUCAUGCUUUAUAAAAAUGAACUUUCAAACCUAGUCUUUAUCAGUUUGAUAUCUGAAGAAAGCCAAAGAUGACAGAUGUAAAAUGGAUGAAAAUAAUAGAAUCGUAGAACAACCCGGGUUGGAAGGGACCUAAGCAGGUCUGUAGUCCAACCUCCUGCUCAAAGCAGCAUGAGCUGCAAGAUCAAGCCAGGUUACUCAGGGCUUUAUCCUGUUGGGUCUUGAAAACCUCCGAAGAUGGAGACUGCACAACCUCUCUUGGCAGAGGGGCUUCCAAACCUACAGUCAGAAAACAAACAGCCGAAGGCAUUAGCGCUCGGAUUAGAGGUGAGUUGCUGUUCUCAUCUCCUUGGAAGGAACGCUUCAUCCUCCUUCAUGCCGGCUUUUUGAAACAAAUCCAAGUCGGUUCCGGCUGACCUCGCUGAGCUCACCUUCACGCCUGAGAAAACAGCAGCUAAACUCAACCUGGAAACACAGACACCUCCUCGCCUCCUGACACAGUAAAAGUAGUACAGAAAGGUGGCUGGAUUUUUCACAAGGAUGACUGUGUCCAACUCAGAUCCUGUUCUCCUAAUGUAAAAAUGAUGUGGGAAACUAGAUGCUUAGGAGAUCGCUGUGAAUUUAUCAAGUAUUUUGAACAGUCUUGACCAACCCUGGGUGGUUUGGAUAGAGUAAAUCAAUGAGCAUUCCUAAUUUUAACUGAAAGCUUUCUAGUGUACUUAUCUCUCCUAUGAAAUCCUGUUAUAUACUUUAUUAUCAGGAAGGAUUUUCUCAGUUUUAAUAACUGCUGACAAAGGGAGGCAACGUUUCCUGACCCACUUCUAGGGAAUGAUCUCUUAAACGAUUAGGUUUCCUUUAUUUUGUGUAAUCCUUUUGAGUCUGGAAAACCAAAUAUCUCAUUAUCUGGUCACUGUUUCCCAAUACAGUAUAUUAUGUAAUACCACACUAUUUGACUUUUAAGAAUCAUUUUAUCUUCUAGUUGUUUUAAUUUAGGUGAAGGCAUAUUUAUUAUGAGAUCAAGCUGGUUUUACUACCAGUCUCGACUUAAUCUAAAUUUAAUGUCUGAAAAUUACCUCUUCUUAUUCAACAUGAAAGAAUUAAGCAGAAAGAGGAGUCUCAUGUGAAACAUCGUGCCAGCUUGCUGUGUCCCUAGGCCACAAUUUCCUUUGUCAAGCUGUGCAAAAGGAGAAAUGUAAAAAAUUUGUACAAGGGACUCCUCCCUGGUUCAAAACUGAAAGCAGGAUCUUUUCCAAAGCUCUUCUUGUAAGCAAGCAAAGGAGAGUUAAGGUUUAGUUGAUUUUUAGUCUUUGUCUCAUAGACUUAAAAGUUUAUUUCCAAAAUAUUUUUGUAUUUCUUCUUUUACAUUUGGGCCUUCUCUGAAUAGGAACAUAUCUGGGGACCAAAAAAACCAAUAAUCCUCAAACUCCCCAGCUGCAGGUUAUUCCAGCAAUGGUAACGCUGAAUGAGGCACAGCAGCUGGCAUUAAAUGUGUCCUGCCCCUAACAGUGUCACCAAAAUGUUAAGAUGCUGUUGAUGAAGGGGCAGAGGUGAAAGAUGUGUCAUUUGCUAGGCCCAAAUUUAAGAAAGAAAUGAAGCUAAUUAAAAAGCCUCUGCCCAGGACAUGAAACAAAGGGAUAUCGACAUGUAAAACCCCAUGGGGUUUAAAAGGUGUGUUUUCACCGUGUGUGGUUGCAAGGCUGUAAUAAAAAGGAGGCUGCUGGA